ACCUACUUCUUCUACUCUUUAUUUCUCAGGAUGAAGUGGCUCAUACGCUUACUGAAAGCAGAGUAUUGAAAAACACCAGACACCCUUUUUUAACAUCCUUGAAAUAUUCCUUCCAGACAAAGGAUCGUUUAUGUUUUGUGAUGGAAUAUGUUAACGGAGGAGAGCUGUUUUUCCAUUUGUCGAGAGAGCGGGUGUUCUCAGAGGACCGCACACGCUUCUAUGGUGCAGAAAUUGUCUCUGCCCUGGACUAUCUGCAUUCUGGGAAGAUUGUGUACCGUGAUCUCAAGUUAGAAAAUCUAAUGUUGGAUAAAGAUGGACACAUAAAAAUUACAGACUUUGGACUUUGCAAAGAAGGAAUCACAGACGCAGCAACUAUGAAAACAUUCUGUGGUACUCCAGAAUACCUAGCACCUGAGGUGUUGGAAGAUAAUGACUAUGGUCGUGCAGUGGACUGGUGGGGAUUAGGAGUGGUCAUGUAUGAAAUGAUGUGUGGAAGAUUACCAUUCUACAACCAAGAUCAUGAGAAACUAUUUGAACUGAUACUAAUGGAGGACAUAAAAUUUCCUCGAACUCUGUCUGCAGAUGCAAAAUCAUUACUAUCAGGCCUACUGAUAAAGGAUCCAAAUAAGCGACUUGGUGGAGGCCCAGAUGAUGCAAAAGAAAUCAUGCGUCAUAGUUUCUUUGCUGGAGUAAAUUGGCAAGAUGUAUAUGAUAAAAAGCUUGUACCUCCUUUUAAACCUCAAGUGACAUCUGAGACAGACACCAGGUAUUUUGAUGAAGAGUUUACAGCUCAGACUAUUACAAUUACACCGCCUGAAAAAUAUGACGAGGAUGGUAUGGACUGCAUGGACAAUGAGAGGCGGCCGCAUUUCCCCCAGUUUUCCUACUCUGCAAGUGGACGAGAAUAACUUAUUUGUUCUGCUGCUUCACUGUCAUCUUAGGUUUAUCACUGAAAAUGAUUCCCGAACAUCACCACCAGUACUAGAUACUAUUUAAGAUAGCAGGGGCACUUUCAGAGACCGUUCCAAAUUGAACAAGUUUCUUUCCCAAACCUACCUAAAA